AUGUCAUGUGUUGCUGUGGAGGCUUCCUCACUUGGAGUGUUCAAUGUGAUGCAAUUUGGUGCCAUUGCUGAUGGCACCAAGGACAACACAGAGGCUUUCGGGGCGGCCUGGAAGGCGGCAUGUGAGUGGAAAGGGCCAUCAAGCCUUGUGAUCCCGGAGGGAACAUUUCUCGUUGGUCCAGUCCUGUUCAAGGGUCCGUGCCCCAAUGCCUCUCCUGUGGUGGUGCAAGUGAAGGGCAAAGUGAAGGCCUCCACAGAUAUGAGCAAAUACCCUUCCGAUGACUGGAUCGUGUUCCAGUAUGUAGAUGGCCUCCUGCUAACUGGGGGAGGGACGUUCGAUGGCCAGGGAGCAUCUGCCUGGAGCCUCAACCAGUGUCCUAAGAAGGCCCACUGCAAACUCCUCCCUACGUCAUUGAAAUUCAGUUUUAUUACAAAUGGGGCUAUAAGGGGCAUAAAUUCUGUGGAUAGCAAGCUCUUUCACAUGCUAUUGUUUGGCUGCAAGAACAUGGAGGUCCAAUCCAUCAAGAUCUCAGCACCAGCUGACAGCCCCAACACUGACGGCAUUCAUAUUGGAUCCUCGUCGAACAUCACGAUCUCGCGAUCUCAAAUUGGAACAGGCGAUGAUUGUAUCUCCCUUGGUCCUGGUAGCACCCAAGUAACCGUUGACAAUGUGUUUUGUGGACCAGGACAUGGAAUUAGUGUUGGUAGCUUGGGCAAGCGCCCCAACGAGGGCGAUGUGGAAGGGCUUCACGUGAAGAACUGCACCAUCUCAGACACCACCAAUGGUUUGAGGAUCAAGACUUGGGAAGAUUCAGAUAGCAGUUCUGCUUCCAAUUUCACAUAUGAGGAUAUAGUGAUGAACAAUGUGGCCAACCCCAUCAUAAUAGAUCAAGAAUACUGCCCUUAUGCGUCUUGCUCACAUAAGGGUCCCUCACGAGUGAAGAUAAACAAUAUAAGUUUCAAGAACAUUAGAGGAACCUCGACUUCAAAAGUUGCAGUGAAUCUCUUAUGCAGCAGGGCAUUCCCAUGUGAAAAUGUUAAGCUCGAUGACAUCAAAUUGAAGUACAAUGACCAAGGGGAAGAUUCAACUGCUUCGUGUACCAAUGUGAAUGGAGUCUCUGCUGGAGUACAAAUUCCACCAACUUGCCUCUAGGAUCUUCUCUCUCUCCUUCUUGGAGUACAAAUACCACCAACUUGCCCCACCAUGCCCUUAGGAUCCAUCCUCUCUCUCAAUAAGAACUAUCCAUUAUCUUUAUGAACUUGAUGUCCCUCCUCAUGUGGGGUGUUGGCAUGUGCACCAUUGUAAUGUAUAUGUUUAUGUGGAAGUGAAACAUAUAAUUAAUUCAUGGUAA